CAUACUGUCAUGGCCGAAGAUGGGGCAAAGUAUCAGCUGACUGAAGCAAAAAAUGGUAAAGCGCAAAAGGAAAAGGAUAAUUCUGACAUUGAAGUCGAUGAUAAUAAAGACAUAUCAAAGAUACUCCAUCGCAAGUUAUCAGAUGUGGGGGCCUAUUCCUACUCAGCAUUGUGUGCUAUCUCCUUCCUUCAGCUGUUUGAAGACAAAUGGCACAAUGAGUAUAAGAAGGUCUCCAUGGAAAGGAUUGUGGAACACUUGCAUCUGCCGAGCCAGGCAAGAGAUUCAGUGAUGGCCAUCAUGGAAGGUCAGGGCUUUGAUGAUGUCCGGCCGUAUGUAGACAUGGUCCUAGAGGAGCCGGUUCUGGAAAAAUCUGGUGUACCGGUCGUGUCAGAUCUCCUUACUCUAUCAAUCUCCAAUGGUUGCUAUGACUCCCGAAUGCGAGUGUUGAUAAAGCAUGUUGCCUGGCAGCUGAGAGUAAGUUGGGACACGCUGGAGGAGAUUGAGGCUUCCAUGGCUGACUCUCUGGACUCGGCCAGUCAUGAAGCUUAUGAGAUGUCAGAGGAAGAAAAGAAGGAAAAACAGAGGAAUUCAAGGAAGGAAAAGGCCAAAAGAUUUGCUCUUAUCGGUCUAGCUACAACUGUGGGAGGAACGUUGAUAGGUUUGACCGGAGGUCUGGCAGCACCGCUGGUGGCGGCAGGUGCGGGGGCAAUCAUCGGUGGAACUGGAGCAGCAGUGCUGGGGUCAUCAGCAGGUGUGGCCAUUAUAGGCUCCCUGUUCGGUGUGGCAGGGGCUGGACUCACAGGAUACAAGAUGAAGAAGCGAGUGGGUGCUGUUGAAGAAUUUGAGUUUGAGCCACUAGUCUUUGGAUCAUGUCUCAAUGUUGAUCCUCAUCCCGCCAAACAACUACACAUCACAGUGGCAGUGUCCGGCUGGCUCUCCACCUCCAUGACAGACUUUCGGUACCCUUGGUACUCCCUAGCCGAGUCUCGGGAACAGUACAGUCUUCGAUGGGAAUCCAAGUACCUGAUCCAGCUUGGACGGGCUCUCGACUACCUCCUAGGGGGCGCUAUGUCUGUAGCGACACAGGAAGCCCUCAAAUACACAGUACUGUCAGGUAUCUUGUCUGCCAUUACCUGGCCAGCGACCCUGGUUUCUAUGGCGGGUGUGAUUGACAAUCCCUGGAGUGUGUGCAUACAGCGAGCGACAGCAGUGGGCCGGGAGCUGGCAGAGGUGUUACUGGCAAGGGAACAGGGUCAGCGACCAGUCACUCUGAUAGGAUUCAGUCUUGGUGCCAGAGUUGUCUUCUCUUGUUUAGAGGAACUCUCCAAAAGAAAGGGAAGUGAGGGGAUUGUGGAAGACGCUAUACUAUUGGGUGCCCCAGUGUCAGGUGACCCCAAACUUUGGUGUGGCCUAACGAGAGUUGUUGGUGGGAAAAUCAUCAAUGGUUACUGCAGAGGUGACUGGCUGUUGAAGUUUUUGUUCCGUACGGCGUCAGUCCACUUAACAACCGUUGCUGGGCUGAGCCCUAUCAAAUUGGACAACCGUCGCAUGCACAACAUUGAUCUGAGUGACGUGGUGAAUGGCCACAAAGAUUAUUUGAAACAGCUUGAUGUCAUCAUGAAAGUUGUUGGGGUAAGAACAAAAGGAGAUGUGAGUUUGCCUUCCAAGCCUGGAGAGUCGAAGUCUCGUAGGGACAGCUGUGAUAGUUUUACAAGCAGUGAAGGUGAAGUAGACACCAGUUCUGAUGUCAUACGCAAUACCGACCUCCCGGCUGACAAAGAUCUAAUGGCAAGGUGUUCGGGAGGAAAUGUGGACGAAUCUGAUCUAAGUUUUGUGAUUUUACCUAAUGGAACCACAUGUGGAGAAGGUGGUGUCGAUUCUGAACCGCCACAUUCAUCCACUGAUGAGGAAUCAGUGCAUAGUAAUGACAUGUUGAGUGGGGAUGAAAAUCUGAUUAAGUCUAAACCAGUCUCAACAGAGCAGUCGGAUCUAAGCUUGGAGCCUGAUGUAGCUAAAAAUGCUUCCAGGUCGGAAAAAUUCUCAACGGAUCCGUCAGAUUUAAGCUUUGAACCUAUAGCUGAAAAUCCUGGCAUGUCAAAAAUAGAGUCAAGGGAUAAUUCUGAUCUGAGCGUAGGGUCUGGAACUGAAAACCAUGGCACGUCUAGAAAAGUCAAAGAUCAAGCAGACCUUAGCUUUGAACAUGUAGCUGAAAAACCAAAAGUUUUGAAAUCCAAACAUGUUAAUAAAAUCUUUGAAGAUGAUAAUUCCACAGAUUUGAGUUUCAUGCCCAUUGAUGAUGUACACAGAGAGCAAGAUAUUCAACUCGAGCAACAGGUACCAUGCAGUUUUGAAAAUCUAAGAAUUAAGAAAGAGGACGUUGGCAAGGAUAUUUCAAACACUCCUCCUGAAUGUACUAUUGACCAAUCAGAUUUGAGUUUUGUGAAAAUAAGUGAUGACAGUUUGGAAAAGGAUGGUGAGGAUCAAAUUUUAGUAGACUUGUCUAACACAAGUUUUAAACAAUACCUUGGAACUGUGAUCGAUUGUGAUCUGGAAGGAGAUUGAUCAACAGAAUGUCACAUCCUGUAUCAUAUCAGCCUCAACUUUGUGCAAUGUUUUUGUUUUCUUUGUACUUAUUGAUCAAUGGAGAAAUUACCAAAUGUCAGUUAGGACUGUUCCAUAGUUAUUUGUGUUGGAGGGGUUGGAGGUCUUUUUUCAGAGGCGUACCCCACCGUCCAAUAAAUAGUUAAACAUGAUUAUAAUAAUAUCUAUAUCCCCAUCAUCCAUAAAUCUUUAAAACAACAUCUCCAACCCCCCCAACACACAAAAUUCUGGAAUACUCUAUUUAUGUUCAUGGUCUGAAUUUUACUAUCUUCACAACAGAGGGAUAAAACUUUUUAGUCUCCACUUUUUAACCAAUACUAUAUCUACGUAUACUGGAAACUCCUUCAGUUGGAUAUGGGUGUCAAAACAAAGUAGAUUAUCCUCACUGGACCUGCAUUAUAAGGACAUUUAUAUCUAGAUAAAGGAGAAUACCAGGUUUAGGCCUAUUCCUGUAAAACAUAUCGGGAGGACUGCAUAACUAUAAAGACAUUCUAUGUAUGAUGUGUGCUGGAGAAAAUGUGUCUUUUAUUUCGAAAUCCACGUGGGGCAGUUGCCUGGUAUUGACCAUAGGUCAGUGGUUUUUCUCCGGGUACUCCGGCUU